AUCCAAACCUCAAACCUCCCCACUCCAACAAAAGGCUCGAGAACCCAGAAGGAAAACCCAAAUCCUUUCGUAACUGCCGCGUGCACCUCAUGCUUCACGAUAGUCUUCUUCCACCUAGCUCCCCCCGGCGCACGUUAACCCACGCUCCCAUCUUACCUAGUCCCUACUUCACUCUCUGUCAGAACCCUAAUGUCCAGCUUCGACUAUUGAUCACAGUUUAGCAGCUGUACUAUAAUUUAUUUUUAUUUUUGUAAAUUUUUAGAUCAAUCGGAACAAAUAUGAUGGGAUCGGAGAACCAGGGCUUUGAAGAAGCCCAUAUCGACGCUUCCCGUGAAGAAAUGGAGAGCCUCGUCCUCGACGACCCUUCUAAUAACAGCAACGGGACCAAAUCCUUUUCCCAUCAUCGGAGCGCUAUGUCAUCACUCGCCGACAGUCACCACCUUCUAUCGCGGCCGAUGGUGGCGGCGCCAGCUGAUUCUGACCCUCUGCUUGCUCCUCCGUCCUUUCGUGAUUUCCGAAACCCUAACGUCGCAGCAGAUAACUCGUCCUACAUCGAACCGCCAUCCUAUGCCGAUGUCAUUUUCAGUCCGUUCGAUGAAAACGCCGUCCAUGAAAUCGACGGCGUUGAUAGCCCUGGUCGGUCUUCUGAUUCAUCGGUAUCUCUCUCGAGGUCACCGUCCUCCAGCUCCGAUUAUAUCAAAAUAACAGUCUCGAAUCCGCAGAAGGAGCAAGAAACUUCUAAUUCUCUCGUUCCAGGAAGUAACACUUAUAUUACGUAUCUAAUCACGACGAGAACGAACAUAACGGGCUUCAACGGAUCUGAAUUUAGCGUACGGAGGCGAUUUAAAGACGUCGUCACUUUGUCAGAUCGAUUAGCAGAGUCAUAUCGAGGGUUUUUUAUCCCGCCGAGGCCGGACAAGAAUUUGGUGGAGAGCCAAGUGAUGCAGAAGCAGGAGUUUGUGGAGCAGAGGAGAGUGGCAUUAGAGAAAUACUUAAGGAGACUUGCUACGCACCCAGUCAUAAGGAAAAGCGAUGAACUGAAGGUUUUUUUACAGGUUCAAGGGAAGUUGCCGUUGCCAACCAGUACUGAUGUAGCUUCAAGGAUGCUCGAUGGUGCAGUGAAGUUGCCCAAGCAGUUGUUUGGAGAGAGUGUGGUAGUAGCGCCAGAGGAAGUGGUACAACCGGCAAAAGGAGGUAGGGAUUUGUUGAGGCUGUUUAAGGAGUUGAGGCAGUCAGUGACUAAUGAUUGGGUAGGAUCAAAGCCGCCAGUUGCUGAGGAAGAUAAAGAGUUCUUGGAGAAGAAAGGGAGGAUGCAUGAUCUUGAGCAGCAACUCAGCAAUGCUUCUCAGCAGGCUGAAUCUCUGGUGAAAGCCCAACAAGAUAUGGGGGAGACAAUGGGAGAAUUAGGAUUAACGUUCAUAAAAUUGACUAAAUUUGAGAACGAGGAGGCUAUCUUUAACUCACAGAGAGUGAGGGCUGCUGACAUGAAAAAUGUGGCAACAGCAGCAGUUAAAGCAAGCCGAUUCUACCGGGAGCUAAACGCACAUACUGUCAAGCAUUUGGAUACUCUCCAUGAAUAUCUUGGGCUGAUGUUAUCUGUACAUGGGGCAUUCUCAGACCGUUCUAGUGCUUUGUUGACUGUGCAAACUCUUAUAUCAGAAUUGUCCUCAUUGCACUCAAGGGCUGAAAAACUUGAAGCUGCAUCGUCAAAGAUAUUUGGUGGUGACAAGUCAAGGAUUCGCAAGAUAGAGGAGCUGAAGGAAACCAUAAGAGUCACUGAGGAUGCGAAGCAUGUUGCAAUUAGAGAGUAUGAACGGAUCAAGGAGAACAACAGAACUGAACUGGAAAGGCUUGACAGAGAAAGGCAUGCUGACUUCUUGAACAUGUUGAAGGGGUUUGUUCUUAAUCAGGCGGGAUAUGCUGAGAAGAUAGCAAAUGUAUGGGCAAAGGUUGCAGAAGAGACUAGUGCAUAUGCAAGAGAGAGCACUUGAAUGCCUGGGUGGGUGUGGUUGUAAAUUCCAAUCUUCUGCUCUUUUAUUUCUCUUUUCUUUAUAUUGUUAUUGCUCACUGCUAGGAAAUGGUAUAAUCAUUUGAAUCAAUAAAGAAAAGAGAAGUUUGUAGAAAUUUCACUUUUGUUUACUAAUGAGGUUGUUUUUGGUUU